GAAGCAGCAGCAGCAGCAGCGGUAGCAGACGGCGGUGGAACGGAGAGGCAAACAUGUUUAAAAACAGCACCUGACUGGGACUUAACCGAUUUUAUUAUGAACUUUAACCGCUUGGCUGUUUUAGUCGGAGCUUUUGUGUGUCUCAGCGAUGGCGUGCACGUCACAGUGCGGGAGAAGCAGCGGUACGCGAUGCUCUUCCAGUCGGUGGUGCUCCCAUGUCAGUACCAGACAGCAUCCACGCAGGCUCCAGUGGUGCAGUGGUGGUACAAGUCCUAUUGCCGCGACCGCACCCGGGAAUCCUUCAGCCUCCCAGAGUCUCUGGGCAUGAAGGCUUCUGAGCUUGGACCGACGUCCCACCUGGAGUGCUCCGACACCAGCCGCACUGUGAGGGUUGUGGCCUCUGCACAAGGCGCCUCCAUGACACUGGCUGAACACUACAAAGGGAGGGACAUCGCCAUCGUAAACAAAGCGGACCUGAGGAUCGGGGAGCUGCAGUGGGGCGACAGUGGAGUGUAUUUCUGUAAGGUCGUGAUCGCUGACGACCUGGAGGGAAAGAAUGAGGAUCAACUGGAGCUGCUGGUGCUAGGCAGGACAGGUCCCAAAGACGAUAUCUUACCUGAGUUUGAUGUGGAGAUCAUGCCAGAGUGGGCGUUUGUGGGCUCGGUGGCGCUGGGCAGCCUCUUGUUCCUGCUACUUCUGGGAGUCUGUUGGUGUCAGUGUUGUCCUCACUCCUGCUGCUGCUACGUCAGCUGCUGCUGCUGCCCAGAGACCUGCUGCUGCCCAAGACAACUGUAUGAGGCGGGGAAGAUGGCCAAGAGUGGGCAGCCCCCACAGAUCCCUGUGUACCCUUACUACAUUCCUGCAGUCCCAGCCGUGGUUCCCAAUGUUUCCUCUUCUCUUUUGGACCCCAAAAUCCCAUCUUUGCCCUCUGUGGAGAAUAAUCUAGCUGCUGUUCGCAAUGGGUAUCGACUGAAAUCCAGUCAAGACUCAAUGAAAGCUCGGUACUACAUUCAGAAGGCUCAGUUUCCGCCUGCCAAGAUGGCCGCUCUCCAACCCGGCAGUCUGUCAGAGCUCAGCUCUCUUCACGACGGAGGAAAUACAGAUUUCAGACACACCUAUCAGACGGUGCAGAUGAAGGCGCUGCCUCCGAUCUCCGACGUGGACGACCGGUCCAUGGUGAGAGCCGCGCCGCUGACUCAGAGUCGCAGGCUACGUCGGGACAGACGCAACCUCUCCGAUGACGAACUGGACAGAAGGUGGAAUCCUCAUUCUGAGCAUCUGCAAAGGAAGACGCUGAGCAGAAGGGGGCGCACUGGCUCCCUAGACGAGCUGGAGGAAUUUGCCAGAUCGUAUGACACCCACGGGCGUAGAGGGGCGGAGCCUGUGGAUCGGCUCUAUAGCCGAGAUUAUAGCCCGUCUCGGCGUCCAUACAGAGAGGAGGAGGACGACUGGGGACGGCGUAGCCCCUCUCCCCUCCCACAGAAGAGGAGGGACACCUGGGACAGCGACCGUCCCUCACGGCCGCCACUCAGCCGUGGUUAUGACGACGCCUACCUAAACAGCGUGCUGGAGAGUAAAGCGAGAGGAGCAGGAGGCGGAGGGAGGGGGGAAGAGGACAGUGACACCCCUUCCAAAGGAAGCUCCAGGGGGAAAGGUAGCGACAGCUACUACAGCCGCUCGCCUAGCAACCGCCCAGAAGAGGACGACCCCUUGCCUCCCUACUCUGAGCUGGAAGCAGAGCGGUACAGGAGGGCGGGUCCGAACACAGACCGGUACCGUACUGUUGAAUCCCCCAGAACCGAUCGAUAUCGAACCACUGACCCGUCCACGAGGCCUUUCUGUUACACCCGCCCCCCUCAGAAGGGGGCGUCCCAAACUCUCCAGGGGAGUCGGGAGGAGCGAGAUAAGAGCAGAAACUUGAGCACAGCAGUGAGUCGGGGCUCGCUGGUUGUGUGACACUGCACGAGCCUCCUCCCCUCGCUGCACCAGAACUCUCAAAGUCAGGAGGAUCCAGCUGUUGAGCCUUCAGCCUGUGUGACUGUGUCAGCCAACCGCGUGGUUUUACCUCAUCACUUUCCUAACCUGCAUGUGUGACAGACUUGUCAAGGCGUUGCAUUUUCACUGUCUUGUUGUGCUCUUACUUUGGUCUUAAGUUACACUGAAAACUUCGUAGUCUUAUGAUUUUAUACGUCAAGCCUCAGGUUCACUUGUGAGUGCCAACUUUUCAAUGUUGUUUUGUCAUUGUCAGUGGACUGAGUGGUUUUAUUUGCACUGCUGAAUUACUUUUUUAAUAAAGAAAUGAAAUAAGA